AUGGCAGCUUUGGAUUUCUACGCAGGUGUACCGGUCCCUCGCGCAAUAUCUAGCGCUCAAAUAGUCUUGAUUCCCAAGAAAUGCAAUCCCGACACCUUCGCCGAUUUUAGGCCAAUAUGCCUUUGCACUUUUAUUAGCAAAAUUUUCACCCGAAUUCUGGUCACCCGUCUAAUUGCUAUCCUACCUAGGCUAAUAUCAAAUGAGCAGUCUGGGUUUGUAGAGGGUCGAAACUUCCAGAACAAUGUCUUGCUUUCCUUCGAAUUGUUGCAGUACUUGGAUAAGCGGUGCGGCGGAUCAAACGUUGUAAUUAAGCUUGAUAUGAUGAAGGCGUUUGAAAAAUCUCUUGGCCCUUCCUUCGCUGCACUCACUAAGUUUGGCGUUCCGGGCACCACGUUAAUCACCCGAGUCAUGAACAACCUGGAAGCUACAAGACUGUCAGUUCUGAUCAACGGGCAUGCAAAGGAUUUUGUUGAUGAAAACUCUAUCCUUGCGACGGAUGGCCUGGUGUGGAAGUUGUCUCCUUAUGGCAACUUCACGUUUUCUUCAGCUUAUGAAGCCCUCCUGCGAGGCAGGAUGCAGCUUGUCAUCAGACUGU